GCUUAGUUUCUUAUUUAAUCGCCGGGUAAUUUUCUUAAUUGUCUUUUAAAUAUAUUCAAUAAUUAACGCUAAUGAUUUACCCUAUUUUUGUUUGCUUUCUAAUCAUUGGGCAGGCCAACACCCCUAUACAAUAAAUAUAUCACGCUCGCUAUACGGGUAGGAUUCCUUUAAAAAGUGUUACAAGAAGUCAAAAAGUCGUGCUCUUUUUAAGGGGGGUCAACCACCCCACGUUAAACUUGCACGUGUCGAAUCCCCGUUCAAUGCAACGGACCUGUUCGAUGAUCAAAUUCAAAUCACAAACACACCCAUCUCGAUUUAACUGGACCGCUGUUUGAGCCCUCAAUGUGAGAGCUCGUUCCAGCUAACCAGACCGAUCUUAAAUUAGCCCCGUUGUCUGAGUUAGGUCGAGUAAAUGGUUGGUCUUCUAGACAUCCACAAUGCUCAAGGUCAUUAUAGUCGUAGUGGUGGUAUUACGAGUCCGAGUUGCGCGGGGAUCGAGUUGGAUUUAGUUACUCGAAGGGUGCGCACCACUUACUUUUCUCCCUCAGUCGAAGGAACCCCUUUAAACGGGGAUAUGUUGUUACAAGAUUCACUUCCUGGUUAGUGGUGGUGAUUAGUGGGUGUCCGAGAAGAGGACAAAUGUGAGUUAACGGGUAUAAGUAGUUUACUCGUGGAUUACAAGGACAACUUAUUGCUGUAGCGCUAAUAAGCACAUCUCUUCAAAAUAGCGCCAUUGCCACCAAUGACAACGUUAAACUUUCGAUAUCCAUACACAUCGCAGUUCAAAUCAUCAGGGAACGGACCCCAUCAAGCUUCAACUAUGUCUUCCCAACGUUUUUGUUUACGAUGGAACAACCAUCAGUCAAAUUUACUAUCAGUAUUCGAUCAGUUACUUCACGACGAAAGUUUCGUAGACGUUACGUUAGCAGUCGAGGGACAGUUAUUGCGCGCUCACAAAAUGGUCUUGUCGGCGUGUAGUCCGUACUUUCAGGCAUUAUUCGUCAAUCACCCCGAUAAGCAUCCGAUUGUCAUUCUAAAAGACGUUCCGUAUAACGAUAUGCGAAGUCUGCUCGAUUUCAUGUACAGAGGGGAGGUGAGCGUCGACCAGGAACGAUUAACCGCCUUUCUGAGAGUCGCCGAAAGUUUACGGAUAAAAGGAUUGACGGAAGUGAACGAAGAAAAAUGUGAUACUAUUACUUCAUCCCUAAUGCAGCAGCAGCAGCACAACCAAAUAAACAAUAACCCCCUCCCCCACCUGCAAAGGUUACAACCGCAAAAGCGAUUCGGCGCCACCUUAAAUAUGCUCGGGAACGCGUUACUACAACCAAAGAGGAAACGGGGCCGGCCGAGGAAGUUAUCGGGCAGUUCGAACGGCGUCGACGACUACGAUCGGUCCGACUCUUUAAUUCAGGGCAGUCCGGAGAUGUUGGAGGUCAAGAUGGGCAUGGACGGCUUCACGGGCAACAACUCGGAUUCGAGUAGUGGCAAACCGGAAGAUAGAGAUACUGAUGGCGAUGUUAAGAUUAAGUCUGAACCUGUACCUGGUACGUCGAAGGAGCCGAUCUUCAAUAAUGCUGUUACGAAGAACUCCGAAGAAUUUACGUCCUCAGGUAAGAGAUUCUGUAAUUUUCUAAUUUCGAGAUAAAAUUUGAAAGAAGGU